UCAGUGAAAACAUUAGGAGUGUGUGUGAUUUCUUGAAACGUACCCGUUUAAUACUGUGAUCAAAAAGUCUCUCCUUUACAAUGGACGAUUUCCAAACGGGAGAAGAGACUGCUUUUGUAGUGGAUGAGGUCAGCAAUAUUGUUAAGGAGUCGGUUGAGAACACGAUCGGAGGCAACGCAUACCAACAUAACAAGGUUAACCAGUGGACAUCUAACAUCGUAGAACAGGCACUAAACUCGCUCACGAAACUCAGCAAACCAUUCAAAUACAUCGUGACGGCUGUGAUCAUGCAAAAGAACGGCGCCGGACUACACACGGCCAGCUCCUGCUACUGGGACAACAGCACCGACGGCAGCUGCACUGUCAGGUGGGAGAACAAGACAAUGUACUGCAUCGUCAGUGUGUUCGGUCUCGCCAUCUAGUGGUGAAGAAUGGAAACUUUUCAUCAACUCCUCCCUCCCCAGCCAGAAAGCACAUUUUUUCAGACUGAUAUUGCUUAAAUCUAUCUAUUAUCUCCAUACAUCUGGUAAUGUCUAAUAUCUUCAUACAUCUGAUAAUGUCUGGCUGGUAUCUACUAUUAGUAUUAUCUAAUGAUGUCUGAAACCUUUAGUAACCUAUUAUCUGCAUACAUCUGAUAAUGUCUGAUAUCUACAUUAAUAUGAUAAUGUCUAAUAUCUUCAUA